UUCCGCAAAGAUUGAAUGACGAGUCUGAAUUCUGCUUCAGUUUUCGCUGGAGUCUCCUAUAAACUCUUUAGCCGCCUCUACUCAUCCAACCCAAACCUCACGACCUGGUUCAACAAAUACAUCGACAAGACCAAUGUCUCCUCCUGGAACUCAAUCAUUGCUGACUUGGCUCGGAGCGGCGACUCAGUGGAAGCUCUUCGUGCUUUCUCUUCAAUGCGGAAACUCUCUCUUUCACCAAGUCGCUCUACCUUUCCAUGUACUAUCAAGUCCUGCUCUGCUUUGCUCGACCUUUACUCGGGAAAACAAGCCCACCAACAAGCACUUGUCUUCGGCUUUGAAGAUGACCUUUUUGUGUCUUCAUCUCUGAUCGAUAUGUACUCGAAAUGCGGUGAAUUGAGUGACGCGAGGAAACUGUUCGAUGAAAUUCCCUCGAGAAAUAUUGUCUCUUGGACGUCCAUGUUAACAGGGUACGUCCAAAACCAUUAUGCCCGGGAAGCUUUAUUACUUUUUAAGGAGUUUUUAAUCGAGGAGAGUGAAAGUGAAAAGAAUGAGAAUGUUUAUAUUGAUUCGGUAGCUAUGGUUUCCGUUUUAUCAGCAUGCUCUCGCAUUGCUUAUAAAACAGUGACGGAAGGGGUUCAUGGAUUUGUGAUGAAGAGAGGGUUUGAUGGUGAUGUUGGUGUUGGCAAUACUUUGAUGGAUGCUUAUGCGAAGUGUGGUUAUGUGGAUGUCUCUAGGAAAGUUUUUGAUGGAAUGAUUGGGAAGGAUGUGAUUUCUUGGAAUUCAAUUAUUGCUAAUUUUGCACAAAAUGGAAUUGCCGUGGAGGCUCUGGAUGUUUUUAAUAAAAUGGUAAACAAUUGUGAUGUCAAAUUCAAUGCGUGGACAUUGUCUGCUGUUUUAUUAGCCAUUUCGCAUAUUGGAGUUCUGCAUAUGGGCAAGUGUGUACAUGAUCAGGUUAUAAAGAUGGGUUUAGCGGAGAGUGUGAUCGUGGGUACUUCUAUUAUUGACAUGUAUUGCAAAUGUGGGAGAGUUGAUUUGGCAAGAAAGGCAUUCAAUUGCAUGAGGGAGAAGAAUGUCAAGUCAUGGACAGCCAUGAUUGCUGGUUAUGGAAUGCAUUGCCAUGCCAAAGAAGCUCUGGAAGUGUUUUAUGAAAUGAUAAGAGCUGGGGUCAGACCAAAUUAUAUUACCUUUUUGUCAGUUUUAGCUGCUUGUAGCCAUGCUGGUCUAGUACAAGAGGGUUGGCAUUGGUUUAAUACUAUGAACAGUGAAUUUAAUGUAGAGCCUGGAGUUGAGCACUAUAGCUGUAUGGUUGAUCUUCUUGGACGAGCUGGUCAUCUCAAGGAGGCUUAUGAUUUGAUUAAAAGAAUGAAGGUAAAGCCUGAUUUUGUAGUCUGGGGUUCUCUUCUUGGGGCUUGUAGAACUUAUAAGAAUGUGGAGCUUGGGGAGAUUGCUGCAAGGAAAUUAUUUGAAUUAGACCCAAAUAAUUGUGGGUACUAUGUCUUACUUUCCAACAUAUAUGCUGAUGCUGGAAAGUGGGAAGAUGCUGAGAGGACUAGAACACAUAUGAAGAAUCUUCAACUGGCUAAGCCUCCUGGAUUUAGUUUAGUUGAACUGAGAGGUAAGAUUCAUGUAUUCUUGGUUGGAGACACGGAGCAUCCUCAACAUGAGGAGAUCUACAACUAUUUGGAGGAACUAAAUGUGAAGCUGGAAGAAGUUGGCUAUGUACCUAAUAUGACAUCGGUGCUUCAUGAUGUUGAUGAGGAAGAAAAGAAGAUGACAUUGAGAGUUCAUAGUGAAAAGCUGGCAAUUGCCUUUGCAAUCAUGAAUUCAGUCCCAGGUAGUACAAUUCAGAUCAUUAAGAAUCUUAGGGUUUGUGGGGACUGCCAUAAUGUAAUUAAGUUGAUCUCCAAGAUUGUUAAUCGUGAAAUUGUUGUAAGAGAUUCAAAGCGAUUUCAUUAUUUCAAGGAUGGUCUGUGCUCCUGUGGUGAUUACUGGUGAUCUCUGUGCCUGUUGAGAAUAUGUUAAUAAAAAAUUUGAAGAACAAUGCAGACUUCUUACUAGGUCGAUUUAAUCUUGGUUAGAAAUGUAGCAAAUAUUGGCUUUGCACAAAAUUUUGAGGUGUUUUGAAAACAAGAUGUCAUCAUGAUUUGAUUGUGAAGUGUGAAAAACCAGA